AUGUAAGAACACAUAGCUCUCACUAUUGAAUAACUUACUAAUCUACUUUCAAGUAGUGAACAAACUUCGAAUAGGAAUAGUUUAAAUUCACUCUCCCAAAAAAGUCAAACUCAUUUGAGAAAACAUAUACCCAAAAUUGUCUCUUUUGUUGACAUUGAUGAAUUUCAAGAAACCUCAAUUUCAAGUGGAUUCCAAAAUUCUGAAAAUCAGUCCAUAAUUGAUAAACUCUAAGAGUUGGAGGAUGAAAAUAAGAAACUAAAAGAAACCUUAAAAUUUUAUGAAAAAAAGGAAUGCAAAUGGAAAGAUUAAAUGAAUGACUACUAGUUAGAGCAAAUAUAAUUAAAGCGACAAAAUCAAGUGCUGUAAGACAGAUUGAAAUCUAUUAUCUAAACAAAAGAAUAGAUGACAAAAUCUAAAAAAUAGAUUGGAUCUUAAAGAUGUAAUUUUACAUCGCCAUUCUUUAAUUAGAAACCAGACUAAAUUAAAAUUUCUAUCAAUCCUAAUUUACAAGUGAGAAAACACACAGCUCCAAGUGGUCUUAAGAACUCUUCGCCUCAUAGAAUGUUUUAAGAGAAAAAGAUAGAUAAAUUAACAUGA